AUGAAAGGUUCUUCUUUACCCCUUAUCCUUACUAUGCUCCAAAAUAUCUUACAAUAUAAAACCAUGGGGCUAAAAAUAAUUUCUCAACUAUUCACCGAAAUAAGAUUUCCUCCGAUCUUCUUGUAUUACUUACAGAAGCAAAGGCACAAACGAAAGGUUGGCCUCAGCAGUCCAUAUAUAUUUCUUGGAAAGAAUGGCUGCACUGGUUUGGAGAACCUACCUAUUUCAACUUUCAAAUAGCAUUUGUAUUUCUGCCUUAAGCUACAUAAGCAGUUUUUCUGCUCUAAAGUUUUUCUUAAAUCUAUAAGUUUAACCUUCUGGUUACUAGAAGUAUUUGGAGGUAUCUUCUGGAGGCUUUAACAAAGAGAUGGUUUGUUUUCCAUAUGGCAUUGCUGUGGAUAUGAGAGAACUAAAACAAUGGAGUGUAACAAACUGUGUGGAUAGAAAACCCUAUUCUGCUUAUAGUCAACUGAAACAGGAUCUGGAUUUUAGUGAUUUCUGCUCUGCUUCUACUCAUUUAUUGGAAUUGAGAUUUAGUCAACCUUGGCAUGCAAAUGGCAUUAAAAAUUGGGCUGAAAGACAAUGGAACAGAUGCAUGAGGUGCAACUUUUCAAGGAAUGGAUUCAAUUUUCAGAGUUGUCUGCAGGAGAAACAAUCUAUAAUUUUGAGAUUAAGCAUUUCAGGUUUAAUACUAGGUGAACCCAUUCAUAUUUCCAGGGCUUGCAACUGUGUAAAGAAAUGUCAAGCUGGCAGGAAGAGUAAAGUCUUAAUACCCCAAGCCAUAAACCAGUCCUAUCCAAAAGAGGAUGAUUUACUGGAUAUUGCGUUGCAAGAGGAUUCUCUAAAUUUGGCACAAACUACAGGGGAUGAAUUUGGAAUUUCUAGGGCAUCUGUGAUACAGCAUGCCCUAAGCAAUCACAGUGAUCUGACUCAUAAAGAAUUGCAAAAUGACUAUGUAGGUGAAAUUGUAAGAGAAUCUCGUAGGAAAAGGAGAGUAUUCCAAGAUAAGAAUGGCAGAAAUGAGGUUGAACAAUAUGCCAAGACAAAUAAAUCCCAUGGCUUUUAUGGAGCACUUGUGUCUGCCAAUAAUGAUGAAGAAAUACAAAAUGUACUUAAAACAAUGGGAGCAGAAUAUUGUCAUAAGUAUUGGAAUAUUGUUCUCAAGUCACUGGAAAUAGAAGACCAGGAAAAGUCACUAAAACUAUUUAACUGGAUGAGGCAGAAAGGCAAAGCAAAGGGAAAUUUGCCUGCUUAUAAUAUUGCCUUCAGACUACUAAGCAUGAGAGGGGACUGGAACACAGUUGAGAAUCUUUUACAAGAGAUACGUGGUGAUUCAAGUUGUAAGCUUAAUUGUCAGAUUUUUAAUACUCUUAUAUAUGCCUGCAGUAAGAAAGGAUUGGCUCAAUGUGGCACCAAAUGGUUUCAUCAAAUGAUAGAGGAGGGUAUUAAGCCUACUGAGGCAACUUAUGGAAUGCUCAUGAGCCUUUAUCAAAAAGUGGGUAAUCUUCGUGAAGCUGAAAUCACUUUUGAACACGUGAUUAAGAGUGCCACACCUUGCAGUAAAGCUUAUUCUGCUAUGAUUACUAUUUAUACACGAUCAGGUUUAUAUGAAAAAGCAGAAGAAGUUGUUGAUCUGAUGAAUAAGAAUCAGGUCCCUCUUAAUAGGGAAAGUUGGCUUGUCCAAAUAAAUACUUAUAGUCAGCAGGGAAAGUUACAGACAGCUGAAAAAGUGAUUCAACUUAUGCAGAAGGAAGGCAUGCCUCCCAAUAUCAUUGCUUACAACAGUUUGAUCAAAGGCUACGGGAAGGCAGGCCUGUUGAAACGUGCCCUUAAUUUAUUCCAAGAUCUCCAAAAUGUUGGAUUGAAGCCUGAUGAGGCCACAUAUAGGUCUAUGAUAGAAGGAUGUGGAAGAGCUGGCAAAUUGCAUGAAGCAUUGUGGUAUUACAAUGAGAUGAAGAGGAAUGGAUUUCAUCCUAACUCCUUAAAUUUAAAAACUAUUAUAAAUUUGUUAGCAAAGUUCAAAAAUGAGGAAGAAGCUGUACAUAUUUUGUCAGAUAUGAGAGAGAUGGGCUGUGAAUAUAGCUCAAUUAUUCAGACUCUUGUGCAAGCUUAUGAGAGGGCUGAUGUUCUCUACAAAGUUCCUUCAAUUUUGAAAUCUUGUUUUCAUGGAAGAAGGCAACUUGGUGAGACAGCCUCUGCAAUCCUAGUGCUGGCAUACGUGCGGAAUGGAAUGUUGACUGAUGCUCUCUGUCUUCUUGAGGAAACACCUGGGAAAGGUACUUCCUUUAGCGAGGCUUUGUAUCAUGUAGUGAUUUGCUCCUGCAAAGAGGCAGGCAAUUAUGAUGGUGCAGUCCGAGUUUUCUCAAAAAUGCCCAAGGUUGAUGCUAAUCCCAACCUGCAGAUCACUUGCACUAUGAUUGAUAUUUACAGUAGAAUGGGAUUAUUUGGAAAGGCCCAGGAUCUAUUCUUGCAGUUAAAAGCUUCAAAUAUUGUGUUGGACAUGGUUACUUAUAGUGUGGUUCUAAAGAUGUAUCUUAAGGAAGAUAUGGCUGAAAAUGCACUCCAGGUUUUGGAAAUGAUGGAAAAUCAAAAUGAUAUUGAGCCCGAUUCUUGUCUUUUUCACUAUAUUCUUCGGGUUUAUCACAAGUGCAACAUGCCAGAUAAGGCAGCAGAAGUGUACUACAGAAUUUUACGGGCUGGAUUGAAGUGGGAUGGAGCUAUGUAUAAUUGUAUCAUAAAUUGUUGUGGCCGGGCAUUGCCCAUAGAUGAGACAUCAAAGGUCUAUGAUGAUAUGCUCAAAUCUAGUUUCCUACCUAAUACAAUUACAUUAAAUGUAAUGAUUGAUAUAUAUGGGAAGGCUGGUCUUCUCACAAAGGCUUAUGAAGUUUUGAGAUUCGCCCGGAAACAGGGGUUGUCCGAUAUUGUUUCUUACAACACCAUGUUAUCUGCAUAUGGUAAGUGGAAGGACUAUGAAAGAAUGGAAGAAAUUCUUGAAGAGAUUCUUCGUAGUGGAUUGGCUGUUUCUCUUGAAGCCUAUAAUUCUAUGUUGGAUGCUUAUGGGAAAUCAGGUCAACUAAAGGAAUUUGGAGAGGUGUUAGAACAAAUGAGCAGAGCUGAAUGCAAUUUCGAUCUCUUUACAUAUAAUAUCUUGAUUAAUGUGUAUGGUAAGAAUGGCAUGUUAGAGGAGAUAACGAAUAUACUAUCCAAAUUAAAGGAAGAAGGUCUGCAACCGGAUGCAUGGACUUAUAAUACUCUAAUAGGGGCUUAUGGUGUUCUUGAAAUGCCAGAUGAUGCUGUGAGAGUGGUCAACGAAAUGCUGAGUGCUGGCAUUCAGCCUGAUCGAAUAACAUAUGUAAACCUUAUUGCUGCAUUUGAGAAAAGCGACAACUUUCUCGAGGCUGCAAGAUGGUCCAUAAUGCUGAAACAGUAUGGGAUAGCAAGAUAAAUUAUUUUAUUGAGAUUUCAGGUCCUUUCUUUGUGUGAGGGAGCCUGGGUUCAGAAAUGAUGUUGAACCUACAUUCUAGCUUUGACAACAUCUCACAUGGCUUGUAGGGCAUCAAAAUUGAGAUGUGAUGAAUGCCUUGUAUGUGUUAGUGAUUUUUAAAAAUAGUGCUACUGGAAAAUAUAUUUUUUUAUUAAAUUUAAUGUUAAAUUUUCAGUGAUACAAGAAUAA